AUGCCGCCUAAUCCACCUGAGGAGUUUUCACCCGCUACGAUUUCUGCAUAUACCUCAGAGUCAGAAACCGCUACCACAACCGUUUUUUCUUCCUCCGAGAAAUAUCUCACUAAUCCAUAUAACUCCAUGCAACAUUUAACUAAUAUGGGUACAACCACAACCAACGUCACAGAGCACAACUUGACUCCACCAACGGAUGGUCCUCGAAUAGACACCGAGUUCGUAAUACGUGGACAUCAGCAGAAACAAAUACCUACACGGAAAAGAUCUAAUUCAAAACCUUUACAAGAUUUACACACCUUCGCAUUAUCUUCAACCCCUUCCAUAAAUCCAAACUUUUAUAACAAUAAUAAUUUUGACAACUUAAAGACAUCUCGUUUCGAUAUACCUAACUUACAAUCCAUAAAUUUCGAUCGCGCUUACAAGUCAAAUAGUCUUCUCGGAAAACUACGCCAGCAGUAUGAACCGGUUGAAAAGGAAAAGGUUAUAUCAAGUUUGGCCUCGAAAGUUCUACCCUCCGAGAAAUCUGGAUCUUCAAUCAAUAGUUUAUUAGAUCUAGUUAAUUAUUUAUUUAGUUCCAUUAACAUUAUCUCUGUGAAGUUUCUUGUUUUGUGUUUAUUAUGGUAUGCAUCCUCUGCUGUGACAAACAACAUCGGCAAGCAAAUUUUAAACCAAUUCAAACAUCCAGUUACCUUAACCUGGGUUCAAUUUGGUUUCGUUGGUUUAUACUGCUAUGUAAUUGGACAUAUGUUUGGAUAUACUAGAAUUAGAAGACCUACCAAAAGUAUCUUACGCACCACCUUACCCCUGAGCUUAUUCUCAAUUACUGGCCACGUACUGUCCAGUGUAGCAACGAGUAUCGUUCCCGUGAGUUUUGUGCACACGACAAAGGCCCUCUCACCCUUGUUCACGGUAUUUUUUUAUCGAUUCGGUUUCAAAGUCAACUAUUCAUAUCGUGUAUAUAUCUCGUUAAUACCGCUCACCAUCGGGGUGAUGCUCGCCUGCUCUUCCUCAUCCACUGCAAGUUUCAUCGGAUUCCUUUUUGCCUUGGGAUCAACUAUAAUUUUUGUUGCCCAAAACAUUUUUUCAAAGAAGUUGCUUUUCAAUCAAUCUCAUCCCGGUUAUGAAAGACAUAAGCUCGAUGAGUUAAACCUUUCCUUUUACUCGAGUACGAUGGCCUUUUUCCUUAUGAUUCCCCUGUGGUUAUAUUACGAAGCCUCAUUAGUAAAGAGAAUUUUUGUGGUUACCGCAAGUAUCAUAUGGUUUGGUCAGAAAACUAGUCUUACUCAAGGAAUUGGGAUAUUUUUGACCUUUGGUGGUUUAUACAUGUAUAACCAGGCAAAGAGAGAUGUUGAAAAGAAGGAAAGAAAAGCUCGCGAAAGGGAGGAAAUCGUACUACCACUUACUAGAUCAGAAAGCGAAAUGGACUUGAAAAAACAUAUAAAGUAA